ACCUGUUGCAUGCGCUUACAAAGAAGAAGAGACUAGAGCACCCUCGUAUGUGUCACUCCUAAAAAUACAACGGGUUUUGUUUUAUAAACAGAUAUUCUUCCUUGUCAGGUGUUAUAAAAGCAAACUGACGCAUUGAUCAAGAGUUAGGGAUAGGUUAAACUCCCACCAGUUACGGGAGUAGAUUGGAUAUGUGUAAAAGCAAGGUUUGGGAUCACUAGUCCUGCCCAGCAGCAUUCACCACGGCGGGGGAAAUCAAACCCCUUGUGUUCAGGGUGGUUAUCUACCUACAGCGGGACAUGUCAGGAGAGAGCUGCUUGCACCACCAGCUUCAACCACAGACCGGGCCCGUUGUGUCAGUCUCUUCCAGGACUUGUCCCAAGGCCAAGACAGGAAACAAAUAUGUGCAGCUCAACGUCGGUGGAAAUCUGUACUUUUCCACUCUUCAAGUGCUCACCCGGCAGGACACCCUGCUCAGGUCCAUGUUCAGCGGCAAGAUGGAGGUGCUCACUGAUAAGGAAGGUUGGAUUCUAAUUGAUCGCUGUGGGAAACACUUUGAUUCAAUUCUCAGCUAUCUCCGUGAUGGAUUUGUGACUUUGCCCAAAAGCAGACAAGGUAUCAUGGAGCUUCUGGCAGAGGCCAAGUAUUACCAGAUCCAGGGGUUGAUAGACUUGUGCCAGAGGGCCCUGCAGGAUAAUCAAGAAAAAGCGCUGUGUGUUAUCCCAGUCAUAACAUCUCCUAAAGAGGAGGAAAAACUUCUACAAGGCUGUAUAAGGCCUGUCAUAAAACUGCUCUACAACCGAGGGAACAACAAAUAUUCCUAUACAAGCAACUCGGAUGACAACUUGCUAAAGAAUAUCGAGUUGUUUGAGAAGCUGUCACUGAGCUACAGUGGUCGUGUACUGUUCAUCAAAGAUGUGAUUGGAGACGAGAUCUGCUGCUGGUCAUUUUACGGUCAGGGCCGAAAGCUGGCAGAAGUCUGCUGCACAUCCAUUGUGUAUGCUACUGAGAAGAAGCAGACAAAGGUUGAGUUUCCAGAGACACGGAUCUACGAGGAGACAUUAAAUGCCUUACUUUAUGAGACUCUCCCGUUCCCAGAUAAUUCUCUGUUGGAGGCCACCCGCAGAUGUAACAAUUGUUGCUCGCACAGCGAAGAGGAGGAGGCUGUGGAGCUGAGGGAGCGUGUGCGUCGCAUUCACGUCAAAAGAUACAGUACUUAUGAUGACAGACCACUUGGACAUUAGCCGAACUGUGAAUGAAGGCAAUUUCUAUUUUACAAGUCAUUACCAAUACAAGUUGCCUAUUGGUUAUAUGAAUUCAAGAGUAGGCUUGACAAUCUGUGUUUUAGAUGAAAUACCAGCUUGAGAGUUUUUGCAUUAAUGUACAAAGGUUGAAAUAGCUGUCAGGUAUUAAUUUUAAGUUACCUCAACAUUUUACUUUUUUUUUUUAAGCAAAACACUUGACAGAAAUGACUAAACCCAAUCAUAGAAAUUGUACGUUUCAUAACAUUGAAAGCCAAGAUGAAUCUGUGAAAUGGUUUCUGCUAACCUUACUGGAAUAUGUACUACUUUGUAAUCAUGCCUUAUGUCUUUAUGUCGUGAUUUAAGAUGAAAUGAUUUAUUAACUAGAUUUGAUCAAAUCAUACAUUGCAGUUGCAAAUGACAAUUGCAAAAUGACUGUAAUUAUGACUGCUUUUAAUGCCUACUGAAUGAAAGAAUGAUCUUUACAUUUAUGCAUUUAGCAGACGUUUUUAUAAUUACUUGGGGUCGAUUUAAAAUUAAAUCAAGGUAUACAUGUUUCUAGGGAAUUUAACCCAUUAUCUUUGUGCUGCUAACGCGAUACUCUUCCAAUCGUGCUACAGGGACAUGAUCUAUUGUUUUUCUCAUCUAUUAUUUACUCAGUGUUUCGCAAUGGGUUGUUUUGAUAUAGUAUCUAUAUAUUUUUAUUUGGUUACCAUUAGAGAUUGUAGAGCAAUGAUAAAUUGUGCCACCAACAGCAGACUUUCAGAGUGAUUCCAGGCCUUAUGCCUUUACACUAAAACUGGUACAUUGGCUUUAAAACGUGUAGUUUCAACUAAAUUGACAUUUGGAUUUGA